AUGGCAGGAAGCAAUCAAGCUGAUCAAAAUGACAUAGAAAACCCAUACAUUUCAUUAGCAAAUUCGAUGAGAAAAGGGUUCAAUAGCUUGUCUCCCCCAUCAUCCGAGUGCUGUAUCUACAGAGUUCCUCAACAACUACGAAGUGUGAAUGAAAAGCUCUGCACACCUCAAGCGGUCUCCAUAGGCCCACUUCACCAUGGAAAGGAAGGCUUGAAUGUCGUAUUGGAAGAGCACAAACAGAGAUACCUGCAAGAUUUUAUAGGUCGGACCAAUGUGAGUUUGGAGGAUUUUAUUAAGAAAAUAAAGGACCACGAAGCAAGAUUGAGACGUUGUCAUGGAGAACCCAUCAAGUUUAGCAGUGAUGAAUUUGUAACAAUCAUUCUAGUGGAUGCCGCCUUCGUUAUUGAGCUCUUACUGAAGUACUACUUCAAAUUUCAGGAUGAAAAUGACCUAUGGGAAAAUAAUGACCGCAUAUUUAACAAACCAAGGAUGCUUCUAGAUCUAUUGCCUGACUUGCAACUGCUUGAAAAUCAACUGCCAUUUUUCAUUCUUGAGGAUCUUAACAAAAUUACAGUUUCUUGUAACAGUUCGGAGCUUUCAAUGAUUAAACUCUCUUACAAAUUCUUGAAAAAGGCACUGGAUUUAGAGGGGGCAGAAGACAGUUUGCAGAAAAUUUCUUCUUGUAGUUGUAACCCUAAAGUUGAACAUUUUCUUGAUUUUAUAAGAACUUUACAUCUUACAAAAUUGGAGGAAACAGAUCAAAGUAAUGAAGGGCGAAGCAAAAAUUUUAUGACUACACACUGCAUUACAAAACUACACCAGGCUGGGGUCAAGUUUAAGUUGGCAUCAAGCAGAAACUUAUUCGAUAUAAAAUUCGACGAUGGGAUUCUAGUAAUUCCAAAACUAAAAAUAAGCGAUCACACGGAGCUCACACUCCGAAACCUCAUUGCCUUUGAACAGUGCCAUUGCCAAAACAAUUACAUAAGCGAUUAUGUUUCACUCAUGGAUAACUUCGUGAACACCGAAAAGGAUGUGGAGUACCUUCUGAAGGAUGGGAUUGUCGAACAUAUGCUUGGUGAUGACAAUAAGGUGUGCACUCUGAUUAACAACCUCGGAAGAGGAGUUGUUUUGCAUCGUGAAGGCUACCACUUUGCUACUCUUUCUGAGAGCCUCAAUAGCUACUGCAGAGAGCCUUGGCACAAAUGGAAGGCAAAUUUGAGGCAAAAUUAUUUCAAUACACCUUGGGCAACUAUUUCUGUCAUUGCAGCUGUUUUGCUCCUAAUACUGACUUGCGUUCAAGCAGUGUGCUCUAUUAUUUCUGUUAUCCCUUCUAAGAACCAGAAGUAUUAG